UUAUAGCAGCGGAUACUCCUGUGUGAUAUAUAGGCAUCUGCAUCCUCAAAUUAACCCUUAAAGCGUUGGCUGUUGGGACUGACUCUUUAAUUGCCGGAGAAAAGGGAAGUCAACUGAGAAACUUCUCUUCUGCUGAGAAGAGCAAUAGACUGAGCAGAAAACAAAUAGUUGCUUUAGGGCUGGAGCGGUUUGAUUCUGGCAUAUUUAAAGACAGUCUUAUUAGAAAAGAACUGUGGAGAAAGUUUUUCCUUUAAAACAACCAUACAAGUUUCUACUAAAAGUCCCACCCUAAAUCUGCUUUGCAUUGUCUAAUAUCUCUUCAGGGAAUUGCUUGAGACUUUUUUUUUCUUAAAGGACAGGCUGCCCAUUGGAGAGACAUAUGCAUUGUUUCGCCAAAGCUGUAGCCUUCUGUCUUCAGACAAGAGGGAAGCACAUUGUUUUGUGUCUUUGAUAUGAUCCAACCAGAAAACAGCCUUAGCAAAAAAAAUUCACAGUCCUUGGCAGCAGGACUGUCUUUCUGUCUUUUUCUUCUGUCAGUGCCACAGUGUACGCUGCUCUAAUAACUUGAGAUUAAACUCAGAUGAGGUGUCUCAAAAGUCCUUCUUAAGACUUGAGGUCAUAACUUGCUGAAAGUUCAGAGCGACGAGUCUCAUUUUUGUAACGAAAAAAGAGUUCCAGGGUUAUUUUAGAAUUAGGUCUAAUAAGAAACUGGUACAAGAAGCUACUUUAGUACAGCAAUUUAGUGACAGUGCAGCAGAUUUGUAGCGGCUACUGAAAACUUUCCACCUUCCUUUUAAAGCAAGCUGAACCCUGCAAAGUUCAGGCAUUGAUGGCAAAAGUGAUGGUUGAGGUCUCUGUGGACUGUUUAUUUCAAAUGCAUGGUCUGGCUGUACCUUCCAGUGGAAAGUGCUCACAAAACUUCACAUAUUAUUUUGGUUAGAAUGAGCCCAUUAUAGUUUGGCAAGUAUCCUAAUUGAGAAAUGUGAGAAUUCAAGGGCAGCUGCAUCUUGUACACUUCUCAGAGGGGUUGAACAUGCUUGUAAUAGUUGUAUUAGGAGCUGGGUAUCUCUUCUAUCAAAUAGACACAGGUUUAACAAAUAUGUCUGUGAUUUAUGCAAAUUACUGUAUAUAGUUUUGCAAGGUCAUUGAUUAACCUACAGGGAAGAUGGUGGGAAGUGAACCAAAGUUCAACUCUGUCUUCUGUAACAGAGUAGGACAAUAGAAGAGGGAAGAUACUGGUUAUUGCUAUUUGUUUAGCUUGCCCAUCUAAUUUUGUGUGUAGUAGUUUUUCUUCUGUUCACUGUGUCUGGGUAAAAUCUCUUCUUCCCCUUCCCUGAAAAUAUUUGUAGUUUUGAUAUAAACACUAUGAAAUAGUUGCAUUUAAAAUUUAGCUGAGUGACAUAAAAGACACAGCACCAUUGAAGUGUUACACAAAAGUUCUUAAAACUAAGAAUGGUACAUUAUCAUUGUAUCUGGUGGUGUCAUAUAAUCUAAAGUGUUUAUAGUUUUCUAUUGAAUUAAACUAAUAUACCAUUUAACUCCUGUCACAUCUGCUGGUGGGGAUAAAUGUGAAUUCUUCUAUGGAAGAAUUUAAAAUACAUCUGUGGUUUGAGGCUUAUGAGCAUGGUAAAUUUAGCACACUACUGUAAUCAGUCCAUUUUGUGCCAUGUCUCCGUAGUCUCAUUAUUGGCUGUAACUCCAGCAGAAUGAAUAUCUAUUCUCAUGCGAGUUUGUGGUGGUGGUGGGGAACCCUUAUUAUCUUUUUGAUUCUGAACUGCUCUUGAAAAACAGCCAGCUCAUACAAAUAACAUGAUUGUGAAUUUCUCUGUAAGGCUGAAGUUGUGGUAUGCUGUUAGCUAUUUUAAAAAUACAUCUGCCUUAAUGAGAAACACACAUUCUUUUAUCAGUACCGUUGCUGCCUUUAGUGCUGCACAAAGUAGAGCAGAGGGGGGAGUGUGUGAAUUUUCAAACUUAAUUAUAAUUUUUACUAGGGUCUGAGAACUUGUAAUGUUUUUAUUUACUUUUUUUUUUUUUAUUAACAAAAUGAAUAUGCUACAGGGAUGCUAAACAGAAACCACCCAAAUAUUAAAAUAUGUUAUCUGGGUGUUUGUGUUGAUCUUAGGUGGAACUAGGGAAAUGUGAGCUUUAGCAUUGUGCCAAAGCACUUUGGCAAAUGAAGUCAAAGGGGGAAUGCCUGAAGUUGAAGAAAAAAAUGCAGUGAUUUUUCGUUUGUUUGUGCCUGCAUUACCUUUACUGGUGAGUGGGGAAAAAGGAAUGGAGUCAGACCCUGUUCCUUACUCUUCUGCAAUAAUCUUCAGUACUCAAGAUUUGUGUUUUGGUCUUUAAACUAAAGUGGAUGUUAGCUGUGGUCUUCUCUUCCCUUGCUGUGCCCAUUUGUUGUAGGAAGUAGAAGAAUCGUAUGUCCAGCACUCUUUAAACCCCUUAACUGGUUUUGGGUAGGUACAGGUAAAUGAGACCUCCCAAUGCAUAAAUACAAGCUAGGAGCAUCCUGUCUCUAUGGCAGAGGUAGGAACCGAUGUGCAGCUCUUCAGUGCCCUUUCCUUUCCCACCUGCCUGGUUGUCUGCCAGCAAGUCUUUUAUUAUCCCCUUCUGUCCACUUUGAGCACUUCAGUCCUGCUUGCCUAGAUGACUACCCGUUUCCUGACGUGCUUUGGUAGAAUUGGGCGUGACUUGGGAUUUGGGAACAGAGCAGCAGGUUGUGCUCUGCCUCCAAACCUUCUGCUUCUGAUGUUAGUGGUCCUCUCCAUGCUUGGAUACAAACAGGCAGCGCAGGGAACAGCGCUUCCUGGCAUACCAGCAACUGUGACUGCUGCCAAAAUCCACCUGUUUCUCCCUCCUGUGCCCCAAAAUCCUGAAACCACAUGGGUGUGGGUAUAUAAAGGCACAUGGUAGACAGAAAUACCCUGAAGUUGAAUGUCAGGUGUAGUUUUGCUUUUAUCACUUGCUUGAAUGGAAGUUUUUUUUCACGUAGAUUACAUGGGAUAUGUAUGAAGAGCUUUUGGAGUGAAGUGUUACUCUGUGAUUGCACCCAGACAGGUGCAAAUUUGCCUAGAACCUAAGGAAUAACCUUGAUUCUUCAGCUGAUCUUAAAUUUAUGUUGUUUUUUGACAGCAUUGUGAUUUCACUUUGAUUUUUAGCUUUAGCAGCCGGCUGGUGUCUGAAGUGCAUGCGUGUGAUGCCAGGACCUGUCAAGAUUGAUGGGGUGCAGUGCUAGAGCAAUACAGGAACUGACUAGCCGGGUUAAUGCUCCUUAGGGGUCAUUUGUUGUUUUUGCCUUUUUUUUUCUUUCUCUCCAUAAGGUUGCUUGAAAGAGGAAGGCCUGAUUAGUGUUUUGAGAAGUAGACUUUGAAGUAAAGAAAAAUAAAAUGUAUUUCUGUUCCUUGCCUUGUUCUGGGGAAUUUGGACCAUUUUAAUACUCCAGAAUUGCUGUGUCCCUUAAGGGUUGGUACAGUAGGCCUCACUAAACUUAGCUGCAACUAAGAAUUUCUCCUACAUCAACUGAGUUAAGGCUGAUGCUCUUGUGGAAUGUGGAUUAAAAGUGCGUACUAAGUUCCAAAUUUCCAUUUGAGAAGCGGAGAAAGUAAAUGUACCACAACCACCAGCAUCAGGACAGCAAACCAAGGGACAAAGAAUUUGAUCCACAGUGUUGAUAUAUGUUAACUGGUUCACGUGUUGCUUAAAAGACGUUGGCUGGGGGGCGAGAAGUGGACGGCAGCUGUGCGAAGUCAUUUUGUUUACAAAAAUGAGGGCUUCUUUGGAAACAGCAGACAUUGCCAUUGUGGCACUGUACUUCGUGCUUGUAAUGUGCAUAGGUUUUUUUGCCAUGUGGAAGUACAAUCGGAGCACCGUAAGCGGCUACUUUUUGGCAGGGCGUUCUAUGACCUGGGUAGCUAUUGGUGCAUCUUUAUUUGUGAGCAAUAUUGGAAGUGAACAUUUCAUUGGGCUCGCAGGAUCUGGAGCGGCAAGUGGAUUUGCAGUAGGUGCAUGGGAAUUCAACGCCUUAAUGCUUUUGCAGCUUUUGGGAUGGGUCUUCGUCCCAGUCUACAUCCGGUCGGGAGUAUACACCAUGCCUGAAUACUUGUCCAAGCGUUUUGGAGGGCAUAGAAUUCAAAUAUAUUUUGCAGCGUUGUCUCUAAUUCUUUAUAUCUUCACGAAACUCUCAGUUGACUUGUAUUCAGGGGCACUUUUUAUUCAAGAAUCGCUAGGUUGGAACCUCUAUUUGUCGGUUAUCCUCCUUAUUGGAAUGACUGCGCUGUUGACUGUGACUGGAGGUCUUGUGGCUGUCAUCUACACAGACACCCUUCAAGCUCUGCUUAUGAUUAUUGGUGCCCUCACACUUAUGAUCAUAAGUAUUACGGAGAUUGGUGGGUUUGAAGAAGUUAAAAGAAAGUACAUGUUAGCGUCACCAAAUAUUACGGCUAUCUUGUUAACCUACAACAUUUCCAAUACCAAUUCCUGCAAUGUCAACCCAAAGCCUGAUGCUCUUAAAAUGUUGCGUGAGCCAACAGAUGAAGAUAUUCCCUGGCCUGGAUUUCUGUUGGGACAGACCCCAGCUUCUGUCUGGUACUGGUGUGCCGAUCAAGUCAUAGUUCAGAGAGUUUUAGCUGCAAAAAACAUUGCUCAUGCCAAAGGAUCCACUCUGAUGGCAGGCUUUUUAAAGUUGCUGCCGAUGUUCAUUAUAGUUGUCCCGGGCAUGAUUUCACGAAUACUGUUUGCAGAUGAUAUCGCCUGCAUUAAUCCAGAGCACUGUUUCCAAGUCUGCGGGAGCAGAGCUGGAUGCUCUAACAUUGCCUACCCACGUUUGGUGAUGAAACUGGUGCCGGUUGGUCUGCGGGGACUGAUGAUGGCUGUGAUGAUCGCUGCACUGAUGAGUGACUUGGACUCGAUAUUCAACAGUGCCAGCACCAUCUUCACGCUUGACGUCUACAAACUCAUUCGGAAGAGCGCGACGUCUAGAGAACUGAUGAUUGUAGGAAGAGUCUUUGUUGCGUUCAUGGUAGUUAUAAGCAUUGCCUGGGUCCCGAUAAUUGUAGAAAUGCAAGGUGGUCAGAUGUACCUUUAUAUUCAAGAGGUAGCGGACUAUUUGACCCCACCGGUGGCUGCUCUGUUUCUUAUGGGUAUCUUUUGGAAGCGUUGCAACGAGCAGGGUGCUUUCUAUGGCGGAAUGGCUGGGUUUGUUCUUGGAGCGAUACGGUUGAUACUGGCGUUUAUCUAUCGUGCUCCGGAGUGUAACCAGCCGGAUACUAGGCCAAGCUUUAUCAAAAACAUCCAUUACAUGUAUGUUGCGACAGCUCUGUUCUGGAUCACUGGCAUUGUGACCUUUGUGGUGAGCCUCCUCACGCCUCCACCUACCAAGGAGCAGGUUCGGACAACCACUUUCUGGGCCGUGAAAAACAGGAAUGUAAAAGAGAAUGCCGCAAAGGGGGAGCUGUACAAAGUGCAAGAAAAGAGCAUCCUCAAGUGCAAUGAAAACACUAACCAUAUCAUUCCAAAUGGCAAAUCGGAAGAAAAUCUUAAAAAUAUUAAGCCAGAGGAUAUUAAUCUUCUGGUUACUUGCAGAGAUGACAGCAACCCGGUGAUUUCUGUGAGUCACUCUGAAGUCGAGACACCGGUUGAUUGUUAUUCGAACGGACAAGCGGCUUUGAUGGGGGAGAAAAAGCACGAGGAAGAGACGGAUGACAGAGAGAGACAUUUGAAAUUCAUAGAUUGGUUCUGUGGCUUUAAGAGUAAAACCAUGAACAAGAGAGCUGUUCGGGAGAUGGAGGAAGAGACUGUUUGUUUACAAAUGCUGGAAGAGACUCCAAAAGUCAAACUAUUACUAAAUACUGGACUGGUCUGUGUGUGUUCACUUGGAAUAUUCAUGUUUGUCUAUUUCUCUUUGUAAGUGAAUAGUGAACUUUUAAGGGUAUGGCUAAACAUACAGAAGUUGAUACAGGUCUCUGGAGACUUUGUUUGUUGUUUUAUUGUUUUUCUUUUUUCCUUUUCAAAUAACAUAACUGCAACCAGGCAUUGUUUACGCUAUAAUUGUAAGAUCAACUCAACUUUAGCCUAUUUAGAGACCAUUUGAGACAUGUUGUCCUAUCUCUGCUGAAGGCAGAAUGUGUCAUGUGGUGUCGUCUUUUUUCCCUUUUUGUCCUUUUUUUUUUUUUUUCCCCCAUUUGCAGCACUAACCCUUUGUUUUUCCGUAUAUACAUGUAUAAAUAUACCAAAGGCAGGCAGGUGGCUGCACUUGAAGUCAGGCAGUUACAGAACUCAGUCGGCGUUAGAGUGAUGGUAACACGUAAUCAUUUACCGAUGUGUAAAAUCUAAGUGAUUAAAGCUCUGUCAGAAGACCUUUCUUUUAAAUGUAAGGCUGUGAUGCACAUCAUUGUGUAGUCAUUCUUUGUAACAUAGCUGUGUUACCUUGGCCAACUUAGCACUUUUAAAUUUUGCUCUCUGCUUCUCUCCUUUUUUUUUUUUGUUUCUCAUUUCUCUUAUGGCAACAACAGGAUGAUAUUUUGUCACAUCUUGUAGCACUUAAAACACAACAGCUGUUAGCAGCUUUCUGUCUUAUUUCUCUAAGAAAAUGUUUGUCUUUUUGAUUGUAUCCACUGUAAAUUCCAUUACUGAAAAGUUGCUCUAUUUAAAAAGAAAAAAAGAAAAUAAUAAAAACCAACCUGGAGAUGACAAACUGGCAAGGGAGGAGAGGGGAAAAGGGGGAAAAAAAACCCCAUACUCGUCAUGUCUUUUAGCAUUUUGAAAUAGAAGAGUAUAGGUAUUCAGCUGCUUUGGUCCCCAAAGAUUUAGGACAUUAGGGUUAGCCUCUCUCUAGAGAAAAAUCUGUACAUUGGUUCUACCACACGGGAAGAAGAGAAGUGUGAGAUUUUGCAUGCCUUCAGUUUGGUAAGCACACUGAAAUACAUCUUUUUACCUCUAGCUGUGUACAUCUUGAAGGAAAUACUCUGCAGCCCUACCAGUGCUGCAUACUGAGUCUGUAAGGGAAGAAAAAGAAGUGAGAAGACAAGAGAAAGGAGAAUUGGGGGAAAGAGGUGGAACUGGUCCUUAUUUUCCAGAGUCCUUUUGCCUUAUACCUUCUCCCACUUUGCCUUUCACCCUGUCAGACUUUUUUUAUUAAGGAAUGACUCCUAAGGGAUUCUGUGUUAGGAGAGGAGGAGCACGUGCCAUCCUAAUCUGUGUCGGCAAUUGAGGUCUGUCCUUACAAUUCUCCAAAAGAAGUGAAACUUUUCCCAGGCAACCACAGACUGUCUCGAGAUGCUGAGGUUUCUUCCUCUGGAAGGACGGAUGCCCGAGGUAGUGAUGAACGGGUUGCCAGGUGUGGAGGACAUGUCUGUGCAGCAAGUUGAUGGAGCUCUGCAGUCCAAAAGGUUGCAGAGCUCGGUCCGCUUCACCCUUGAUAAAAAAGAAUGUGUCGCCAUCCUGGGUGCUCUUGCCCUUAUGCUAAUCCAAGUCAGGGCCUGUUUUGGGGUGCAGAGGCCAGCUGACAGCAUGUGGCUGCCCUCGUGGUAUUGAACUCCCUUACCUCCAGGACAGAGCGGUCGUAUCCAGGCUUCCCAUGAAAAUAAUUCCUCCAGUUGUCUUUGCUCCCAGGCUUGUCUCAGGACUUGUUUGGAAGAGCUUGAACUAGCUAGGCCAAAAACGGUGCGAGGGACCAUGCUGUGACAGUUCAACAGCAUCGAUUCAAGGGUCCAGAAAUGUUUCCUUGGCACAUAAACAGGAACCAAUCCCAAUGGGUGAAAUAGUUCUGUUAAUCUUGCCUUUGACUGCUGCUGGGAGUUUGCUUCCCAGUACAGUGGUGCUGUGAGCUGCAGGCCAUCCAUACAGCUUUUAGUAGUAUGUACAGUGCAUGUUUUCAGAUGAAAUUAUUAACUUACAUUUUUGUUGAGUGUUCUGUUUUUUAAGUCAAUUGAAUCCCAUUAAUUCUGAGACUUUUAAACAGAGGCUGAGGUGUCCCACCUUUCUCCACUUUUAGUUGUUGCUGCUGGAAAGCAGACUACUCAAACUGGAAAUACAGUAAUAAGAGUAGGAGCAGUGUUGCAAUAUAUGUAGAAGAGGAGAGUUGUUGUACUGGAGUCUUGAUGUUAAUACCAAUGUGAUAAGAGGCACUUACGGUGUAUGUGACUGGCUUUGCUCAGAAAAAUAUCUGAAAUCCUUUUUAAUGGUAAAAUCAUGGUGUGUGAAGUAUCUUAAUAGCAUCUCAAAUUAAUUCUUUAGGAAGGAGAGUACAAUAAGAUAGAUGUAAAUCAUACUUCAUUGUUUCUAUGCAGAAUAAAGUAAUCUAUGGCAAAAUUUCAUCUUAGUAGGCUGAAAAGUGACAACUUGUAGAGGGUAAGGACAAGUCUCAGUCCAUCAAAUACCUUCUUGAAAAAGCUGGGACCUGGCUAGUAAGCCUAAUUUGGCACAGGGAAAAAGAGACUGAUGUACCAGGCAGUGUCCCUUAGUAACGUGGCAUGUCUCUUUCUAUUGGGGCUGGUACUGGGAUUUUCCAGACCAGUCCUCUUUACUCUUGAUAUUAACAAAUGUGUUGCCACUUGACCUAUGAAGCCAGGUUAGCUCAGGGACCCUUCUGCUUGGCUGCCAUUGCUUCAUCUGUGCUUGCUUGCUUCCCAGGGCGCCUCAUGCGGUUAUGAAGCUGAAGGCAUGGCUUUUGUUGCCACCUGAGGAGUGAUUUGCUUAGAAUAGCUUUUUCCACCUUGUUAUUCCUCCUCUCUUCCUCCCCAAAUAAGCUACUAUUUAAAGAGAAUGCUGUAAAGAGUUAAUACGCAAGAUGUCUGUGUCCUGUGCAGCAUAACUGCAGUCGGGUCCAUGGUGAAAUUAUCCUUUGAUUGUGGUAGGGAGUCAUUAUCCUUUGCAAAUGUACCGUGCAGCCUUUGACUGUUGAAUAUGAGAUAAUCCCUUCUCCCAGUUAAAGUAUUUUCACUUUCACUAAACUAACAAGUUGCCACAUAAAUCUCUGUGGUAACUGGCAGUCAGUCGGGAUCUUAAUAAAGUAAUACUUUGCAUCCCCCCAUCUUUAGACCUAUUAUCGUGAAGAUUUUAAACAGAUUAUUUCUUCAGUGCUUUUCCUCUUAAGUUGUUUAAAAAUGUGUUUCUAUGCUACUCUCUGCCUAAUGCCGGCCUCUUCAGUCAUAUUCUGUUUUCAUGUCUUAGAGGUCAUAGAUCUUGCUAAUGUUCUUUGGUGUGUGUAUAACCACUUAAUAAAAGGCCUUUAUUUGAAAACAAACAAACAAACAAAAAAAACCCACAACAAAUUAUAAGGCUUCAAGCAAACUGUCUAUUGGUGAGCGAGUACCUUGCCCUGUGUUGUGGACCUAAGUAUAAGAAGUUUCUUGAGGGUUUUUUUUUUAUAGCGUAAACAUGCCUUUGCUAAUUUUCUGAUCAUGAUCUACAUGGGAGGUGUUAACCCAGGUUAAUAAGUUUUGGCUUAAACACCGACUUUUUGGUGCAGUAAAAACUGCAAGAGUGUCUCCCAUAAUGGACAACCACUUCCAUAAAUUCUGAUUCCUGGCCUCCUCCUUGGUGGGACUGACUAGUCAUGCAGGGCUAGAUCCAGGAGGACACGUGCUUCUGUCUCGCAGCGAUUGGUUUAUUUAUUGCCUUGAGCUUAGAAUGACAGUCUUGGAAAAAUUAUUUUUAUUUUGGAAUGACACCUUUUUGUUGUUAUUUCCCUUAACUUAUUUUUCUGUUAGGGUAUUUGAAUUUUCUCCCAGAAAUUUGUUAGAAGCCUUUUAUUUAAAAAAAAAAGCAAAACCAAACAGGCUUCUUGGGAGCUUAAUAGCACAUUCUGGGAGUUUGUUCUUAUUUAAUUUUUUUUUUAAUGAACGAUUUGAUGCUAUUCUCUGACAAAGUUUUUUUGUUUGUUGGUUUUUGUUAUUUUUCCUGUUAGCUUUUACUAAUAGCUGAAAGGAAAUGGUAAGAGAUUGUAAGAAAUUAAAAUGGCCUUCAAUAUACCGCUUGUGUAUUUUCUACUUCUCCGCCUCUGUGGUCCCCUUCCCACCCUAAUCCCCGAAGGGCCAGCAUGAGACUUCUGAUGCAAGUCAUGAGAGUCCUGUAACUGAGGAGUGAAAAGGGUUUCCCCUGAGGUUACAGUGAAGUGGGCAGAGCCAUCACAGGAUCUCUGCCCAAACGCUUAAAGCAGAAGAUGCUUACAACUUUAAAACGUACAGCUUUAUUUUUUUUAUAUAUAUAUAUUUUUUUAAAUCCUAAGAUAAAGGAGGUGUUGGGAGAUGCUCCCUUUCAGAGAACAGGAUAUGCGGGAGAAGUUAGAGUUGCUAAGCUCUAGCUUUCUUGAGGAAAUCUUUGGAUUUAGCAUGUAUAGCGAAGCAAAAAUACUCAUCUGUUAAUUUGGUAUUCUGUAUGUUCUGUGCCCUUAAAUGUAAUUGUUUUGAAAAUAAAACUAACCUUGUUAUGUGAUGUUAAAAAGCUGACUUGUGUGCAAUGUUUUAAUUUUUUUUAUGAAAAUGUUUGUAUAUAAUUAAAUGGUUUAAUGUGCUUUAACUGGCCUAAGGUAAAGAGUAGUCCUAGAAUGUAAACAUAUAUAAUUAGGAUUUCUGAUUUCACUGUGAGAUCUCUGAACUCUCUUGUUUUGCGAAGUGGUUUGUUUUGUUUACAAAACACUUUCUAUUAUUUCUUUUAUGGUGUUGGUUUAAAGGCAUUUGCUUCACUUCUGUUCUAAUAUUGAAUUCAUGGUAUAGUGACAUCUGGUGACACUUAGCAUUAUCAGUUUCACUGUGUAAAGUCAGACACUUUGAGCAAAAAUGGUAAUGAUAUGACAAUUCUCUGUGUCUAUGAAUACACGUUUUUAAAUGAGGUGGUUAUAAAAAUAGUUGCUGUGCAAAAUGUUAGUAGUCUUCUUCAAGAAGAAAGCAAAUUUUCUAAUAUCACUAGAGCAGUCUCUUCAUUUGUCUUAUUUUUAAAGCACAGUGUCAAAAGUGAUGCUGCUUUACCUUGUAUCUCUGAUAUAAUGUUUUUUUAGAUAUCUGUGAAGUAUUUUUGGUUUUUGUUGCUGUUGUAUUUUUCUGCAGAUUUUAUAUAAAAUACCAGUUAAUGAACUGCCUUUUUGUUUUUUUAACUAUUAAAUACAUUUCAGACCAAAACCAAAUGAUAUCAUAUAGCAUUUGAAACCUGCCUUUUCCUUGUCCCUUUAUUUUUGUUCGUUUUUUUUCUUUUUUUUGAAAUAAGCCAAAUGGACAUGUAGAUAAGAUCACUAUAAUGGAUCCAGGUCUCUUUUGGUAAAGUGUUAUUUAAAGGUCUGUUAAGAUCUUAUAAGACAAUAUACUGAAAAAUAUUGUAGUAGGAAUAUAGAUUUAGAAGUGUUAAUGAGAUUAAUACAGCUUAAUUAUAUUGUAAGUUGCUACUGUCCAUAAUGACAAGCUUUUUGUCAUAGAAACGAUGUAUGAUAAAUUAAUUUUGGUCUAGUGUAUAGAAUUAUCAUAUUGCUAUAAAUCUUUGAAGUAAAUCUGAAAAAUUUUCAUAGUUAGCAUUGCUGGCCCUGUGUAUACUGUUCUUUGUAUACUGUAUGCAUAUUAUUUUGCCUACUGCAUUAGUCUUCAAACUAAAACUCUUAUUAGAGAGUAUUUGGAUACUUCAGACUGUGUUUCUUGCAGUUUACAUUCCUUUACCAUGGCAUUUUGUCCUGUCUAAAAGUAUUGUAUGGAAAUGUUUAAAACUUCUGUACAAAGUUUCAAUAAAAAUAGAGAAAAAAAAAACCCUGAAACAGAAUA